AGGGAGCGGUGGAUUGAUCCACGGCUGUUAAAAUCUUGUUCUGUUUUUUUCUUGGAGUGAGGUUUGUGCCUGACGACUGACUCGCCUAUCCCAUACAUCAAUCCCAUCCACGGUAAAGACAAGCUUUUUUGCGGAAGGAAAAUAUAUAUAUAUAUUUUUUUAAAGCGAAAACCAACAUAUAUGUUGGAGCUGGAGAAAAGCCGCAGCUGUGUCCUUUUUGUGUUUUCCUCUCGCCACUGAUUGGAAGAAGGAAACAGAGAGAGGGAGAGAAGGUGCAGGUUCUUGGAUCGAUUUGUCAAUGUGAUUAGGUAAACGUCGUUUCAAGUGCACGCAUUCACUUUACCCUUAUUUCUUUACCAACAGAAGUAUACCCGUUUCUUCUGUUCUGCAACGCUCGGAUCUUUGUACCAGCCAUAUAUACACGUUGUUGUUUUUUCAGGAAAACUGCUAACUUUCUAUUUAAAAAAAAAAAGAAAUAUCAGAUUGCUUUUUUCCCCUUUCAAACAGUUUCGAGGUGAUGUAAUCGUUCUGUGUUUUGGUUGGUAUUGUGUCGGAGCUCUGGGAGGACUGCAGCCAGGCAACUUGCGGCUGAGACAGACGGGGAAGUCAGGGAAAUCAGGUGCAAAGAGUGGCUUUCAUUUCCGUGCUGUCGCGGGUGGCUGGGUCCGCCACCCAGUCACAGCUGUUCCCAUCCUCUCCAAUUCCCCCUUCCUCUAUCACUACAUCCCUCCUCUCUCUCACUCCCCCUCCCUCUAUCACUACAUCCCUCCUCUCUCUCACUCCCCCUCCCUCUAUCACUACAUCCCUCCUCUCUCUCACUCCCCCUCCCUCUAUCACUACAUCCCUCCUCUCUCUCACUCCCCCUCCCUCUAUCACUACAUCCCUCCUCUCUCUCACUCCCCCUCCCUCUAUCACUACAUCCCUCCUCUCUCUCUCACUCCCCUCACCUCUAUCACUACAUCCCUCCUCUCUCUCACUCCCCCUCACCUCUAUCAUUACAUCCCUCCUCUCUCUCACUCCCCCUCCCUCUAUCACUACAUCCCUCCUCUCUCUCACUCCCCCCCACCUCUUCCCUUUCAUUCAACUCUCUCCAUCUCCCUCUGAGCUGGACCGCUCCGGGCUUUUCUCCUCUCUACUGGACACUGUUGUUCGGUGUCCCCCGGGCCAGAGACUUCGUGACCCAUCGUGCGGAAGUAGCCAUGACCGAGCCCACCGUGCAGCACCCGGCGCCCGCAGAGCCCCCUUCUCCACGCCGCCCUCGCCUCCAGCCCGUCCAGGUACCCCGCCUCCCACAGCGCCUUACCUUGCCUCGCAGGGACUAGAUACCUCUUUCUGCGUCUCAUAUCUUCAAAUUCAUCCAAUGUGGAAUUCUCCCAGAAGAAAGUUAUUGACCUAGUAUAAGCCUUAUUGUAGCACCAAAACACCAGGACGAACGUGAAUUACACAUAACGUAGCAGGGGAGUCGAUUGGACUUCCGCAGCUGUGAGCCGUGAAGGCGUUUUCACCUGUUCCUCUCAAGCCCGGAGGCUGCAGCUGUUUAAUGUCCUAACCUCUCCCCGCGCUCCGCCCCUCCCCGCUCCACCAGCCAUAGUGACAGCCAAGAAAGGUAGCCCUCUGGUCAUAGUGGCACGGCCACCCCGCCCCGCACCGCCACACCCCAACCACCCACCGCAAGCGUCUGCCAACGAGAGUGUCCGCUGACUCUUUGACCCUCCACUCCAUCCAGCGGAUUAUAAACACACAAGUGAACUCUCCGGACUGUCGGACCGGCUCUGACCGACAAGGAGACUGACUCUGGGCGAAGUUCCGUAGUGGAGGGGGGAAGAGAUGCGGUCCCUUCUCUCCACGAUCGCUGUCUUAUGUAUCCAGAUGUUGCUGGUGAUGUGCAAUCCAUUGCAGCAGGUGUUUGGCGUGGAUGGGGUUAACUUCAGCGUGCACGUGGAGAACCAGACCCGGGUGAGAGAUGCUAUGAGCCGGCGGCACCACCGGGUCUACCAGCUCUACAGUCGCACCAGCGGCAAACACGUCCAGGUGCUGGGUAGACGCAUCAGUGCCCGCGGAGAGGACGGAGACAAAUAUGCCCAGCUUGUAGUGGAGGCUGACACCUUUGGUAGCCAGGUGAGAAUCCGCGGCAAAGAGACCAACUUCUACCUGUGCAUGAACCGCCGCGGCAAGCUGGUGGGAAAGAAGGCCAGUAAUAAAAGUGAAGACUGCGUGUUUGUAGAAAAGGUUCUGGAGAACCACUACACCGCACUAAUGUCGGCGCGAUACGCCGGCUGGUACGUUGGCUUCACCAAGCGGGGGCGCCCUCGCCGCGGCCCCCACACGCUGCCCAACCAGCAGGACGUCCACUUUAUGAAGCGCUUCCCACCAGGGGAGUACCCCGAAACCACGCCCUUCCGCUUCACAACAGUCAACAAGAGGAGUAAGAGGGUCCGUGCCCCCGGGACCCGCUAGCAGCUAACGCUAACGGCUACCAUCCAUCUACUGCCCAUUGCCGCCUGUACCUGCUUCUCCACUAACCGCUAAUGGGAUAACAUUGACCCUUCCUCUGGCCUUUAAUACAUGAUAAGUGGCUAAUUAGCGCCAUUGGACCCGGCUAACAUCAACUGCACCUGUUUCUGAAGCUAAUAGAUAAUGGACCAGUGCUACACAAACACUCCUUACCACCUGACCCCACCUACUGGGACAACAUGUACUCUCCUCCAGACCCUGGCUGGUAGGCCUACUAACUGGGCUAGUAGCACAGUACACCCCCUAACUUGACACUUGUCCCUACUAGCUGUCACUGCCCCAGGGUUCACUAUUUCUGUCCAUUGACUGAAGGCCACUAAUAAUAACUUUAUUUGUAUAGCGCUUUUCAAUACAAGUAACAAAGUGCUUCACCUCAUAAAAUAAUCAAAUGAAAGUACUAACAAACUAGAACAAGCCUAUAGCCCUGCUACUAGCCCGUCGACCUGGCCCACUCCCCUGCAAGGCCCAGAGGCUAUGACAAGGCCCCUGAAAGGUAGCUAAACUGACGCCCAGGCUUUCCACCUUAUGUAGGCCUGGUUUCCCUCCAACCCCCAAGCUUGAACAGAACAGUGCUAUUGCACUGUCCCUUAGCAGUGGCUUGUUAAGCUCUGCUUUAGAACAAACAUACGAAAACUGGUCACUUGGCUGGUUUAGCACGCAUCUCUGCGUUAAGGUAAACGUGAUUGCUCUGAUAAAAUAAGAAUGACUUCAGUGUGUUUAAACUCCUUAAAAUCACUUUGAAGAUUAAAAUGUAGCUAAGCUAGCGACACUGGAAUAGCCCCAACCUUUCUCCCAGGCUUGGACCAGAGCAGCUAUCCAACACUGUCCAGGACUGGAUGAUCGCCAAUGAUGGAGCGAAAGACAGCGAGACGAGACACAGACAGAACGAAGGACAGACUGACAGAGAGGGGGACAGACUGGAUGUCUAUGGGACAGUGGCACCAUGAGAGAAAUGGUGGAGCAACAGGUGGACAAACAGGAAACAGGAAGAGGAACACAGGAAGUCAGUGAAGCGGAGGAUAAAGCCACAGAACAGGCCAGAAUGGCACCGUGGUGGAAUAGAUGGACUGCUUAGGAUGCACUUCUCUCUGCCUCACCCCCCUGGCGAGGAUAAUCUGUGUGAAUGAUUGUAUGUACAUUGUGUGAGUGUAUGUGUCAGUGUAAGGGCACCAAAGACCAUUUGUGAAGCUGUUUUGGGGGAAUCUGCCCUGUAUAACCUCCCCCAAUGACUCACUAAAGGGACUGAAGCUUUAUGAACCAGAAUGUACAAACCAAGCUGCACCCAAAAUAAACAAACUCUAAUGACCACCAAAGACAACUGGAGACCAGCGACAUAUCAACUCCCCAAGUCCCACCCCCAGGACAGAAUUCCCUCUUCUUAUAGGACCAGAGGGUGAUGACGGGUGCAUGGGGGGGGGUGCCUUCUCUUCAUAUUAGUGUUGCUAUAGAAACGACCCAGGGGAUGACGCUCCUGUGCGAUACCAUGGAUACAGAAUGCUGCUACCAGGACAUUCACUAAAGCAUCAAAGUCUCAUACACAAAAUAGUAAAGGGAACAAUUUAUGAAAAGUUAUAUAAAGAUGACAAAAAAAAACAAAAUAAGCAAUCUUACUAUGAUUGUCACUAUAAUUGUUAUUAUAAAAUGAUUUAAUGUAUUUAUUUCAGUUCUGUUUGAAGUCUUUCUAGAGUCAGUAAAGGUCACAGAAGCCCGUC